GCACUUUAUCUACCUCAGACCUCCCUGCAGAGGCAGUAGCUCUGAGACUGCUCCUGGUUGGGUGCUCUCAGCUCCUGGCAUCUGUGAGGAAGGAAGCAGGGAGCUAGCUCUCUGUGCUGAGCCCGAGACAGGAUCCCAGUGUGUGGGGAGCCACAAUGCCAGCUGAGGGGACAGGAGUCAGGUUUUACCUCCUGCUGUUCCUCUCUGUGGCCACCAGAGGGCCGAGUGCAGCAGGGACGCUUUCUGUUGACAAUUUCCGGAAGGAGGAAACCUGUGAUCCUUACCUGUCAUUCCUUCCAAGAAGCUGCAAGGAAAUCAAAGAAAGAUGCCGUAAAGCAGGUGAUGGCCUGUAUCAACUCCGCACUGAGAAUGGUGUCGUCUACCAGACCUUCUGUGACAUGACCUCUGGGGGUGGUGGCUGGACCCUGGUGGCCAGCGUCCAUGAGAACAAUAUGCAUGGGAAAUGCACAGUGGGCGAUCGCUGGUCCAGUCAGCAGGGCAACAGGGCUGACUACCCAGAGGGGGACGGCAACUGGGCCAAUUACAACACAUUUGGGUCUGCAGAGGCCGCCACCAGCGAUGACUACAAGAACCCUGGCUACUACGACAUUCAAGCCCGUGACCUGGGCAUAUGGCAUGUGCCCAACAAGUCCCCCCUGAAGCACUGGAGGAAGAGCUCCCUGCUGAGGUACCACACCAACACGGGCUUCUUCCGGAGACUGGGGCAUAAUCUGUUUGGACUCUACCAGAAAUACCCAGUGAAAUAUGGAGCAGGGAAGUGCUGGACUGACAAUGGCCCAGCCAUUCCUGUUGACUAUGACUUUGGUGAUGCUGAGAAAACUGCAUCUUAUUACUCACCGGAUAGUCAGCGAGAAUUUGUUGCAGGAUUUGUCCAGUUCAGGGUGUUUAAUAACGAGAGAGCAGCGAAUGCCCUGUGUGCUGGGGUGAGAGUCACUGGCUGCAACACUGAGCACCACUGCAUCGGUGGAGGAGGAUUCUUCCCAGAGCGCAAUCCCUCACAGUGUGGGGAUUUCUCUGCCUUUGACUGGGAUGGAUACGGCACUCACCGGGGUUCCAGCUCCAGCCGGGAGAUCACUGAGGCAGCUGCGCUUCUGUUCUACCGCUGAGAGCUGAGUCUAUGAGACGGGGAACCCAGCUCCUAAGUCCAGAAACUCAGAGAUGGAAAAAUGCUUCCAUUUUCUCCAACAAGGAAAGGAGAAUAAGUUACAUCAUUUGUGACUCUUAA